AUGAGGAUCUCUCAUCAGACCAAAAAACCCUCACCAGGAAGGCCCGGAAGCUGCAAAACCGUGACCCCCACGCCUCGGCUCGGUCAUGUGGCACAUAGCCGCUCUACGCCUGUGCGGACAGUGCACAUCCGACCUCUGCCCACACGAAACACACCCUCACGCAAACCACAAACUCAGACCGCACAGACACGCAAACUGCCUCCACAUUUGACGCAGACGCACAGGGCGAGCUCACUGUGGGCAUACUGCUGCUCCACACAGCCUUAUGAGCACUACACUGCACACAGCGACCACUCAGGCUGCACCUUCUACUGCUAUUUUUGCUAUUGCUGUUACUGCUGCUGCCUCACGUUGAUCUCUUUCUCUCUCCUCCUCCUCCUGUCUCCACCUCCCAACACUCCUCCCUCUACCUCUUUGCCGUCAAAUACCACCCUUUCCACUUCCUCUCCCACCUCGCAAUCAUCUACUUCCUGUGUGGAUGAACGUCAUUGUAUCAACCUGACUUCUGCUGCUGUGUCUCCCUCCUGCCCUGUGCCACCUUGUCUCAUCUCUGAUGAUACUUCCCCUCUCUUCUAUCCUGAAAUCUCCACUUCUCAACAACUCACCUCUUCUUGCCACGGCUCCUCUCCCAUAUCUACUGUGUCUUCUCCUCCUUCCUCUUCUGCAACCACUGACUCCUUCCUCUCUCACCAUCACCCUAUUCUCUGCCGGCCGUGGCCUUCCUCACGUUCUCUUACCUCCCUACUCCUCUGCCCUCCCAGCUUUGGGGAUCCAGUCUUAUCCUAUGCAUCCACUUUGGAGCACAUCCCCUCUCGGCCGCGGACGCUGCUUCGCCAGCAGAGUCUUCAGCAGCCUCUCAUCCACCCUUCAGGUCCGGGUCUGGGCCAUCCCCCCACCACAUCUCAGAGUUUGGGACAGUUACACACUGCACCUGGCCAGCCUGUGGCAGGUGGGGGUGCUGGGAGAGGAGAGGGAGGUGGCAACAGUGGUGAGGGUGGGGGUACACGAGGCGGCCCCCAGGGUGUACGGGGCAGCCCAGCGGGAGCAGGUGCCUCUCGUUAUAGGGGAGGAGGAACAGGAGGGCGCUCACGUGCCAAUCCUGGCAGCUGGGAUUACAUGAUGGACCAGAUGAAGAGCCGUGGCCUGGACGUCAAGUCCUUCCUUGAAGGGAAGCUGGUGGUCCUGGCUUUGGCCAUUGGUGUGGCCGAGCAAGAUGACUUUGCCAAUAUCCCUGACCUGCAGGAAACAGCGCAGGCAGCACCACCAGCCAAUCAGGAACCCCCUCCUGAGAAGAGGGGCAACAAGCCAGCUAACAGCCCCAAAGGUCAGCCCCCCGAUGCUGACGGCCACUCCUCUGUUACUGACCUGGCUAAUUCCCUCACUGGAGACAUGGUGAUGCUGUCUCCAGGAUCGGAGGAUGAUGAUGGUGAAGGGCCCAUCAGUGAGAAGCUGGGUCGGAUCCAGUUCAGUAUAGGCUACAGUUUCCAAAACACGACCCUCACCGUUAAAGUGCUCAGGGGUCAGGACCUCCCGGCCAAGGACUUCUCCGGAACUUCCGACCCCUUUGUCAAAAUCUACCUGUUGCCUGACAAAAAGCACAAACUGGAGACCAAGGUCAAGAGGAAGAACCUCAAUCCCCACUGGAAUGAAACCUUCCUGUUUGAAGGCUUCCCUUAUGAGAAGGUCAGAGAGCGCACACUUUACCUUCAAGUGUUGGACUACGACCGCUUCAGUAGGAAUGACCCCAUUGGAGAGGUGUCAAUCCCCCUUAAUAAGGUGGAACUGGGCCAGAUAAAGACCUUCUGGAAGGAGCUCAAACCCUGCAGUGAUGGCAGUGGGAGACGAGGAGACCUGCUGGUGUCUCUCUGCUAUAAUCCCACAGCCAACACCAUCACUGUGAACAUCAUCAAAGCACGCAAUCUCAAAGCCAUGGAUAUUGGGGGCACCUCAGAUCCCUAUGUGAAGGUGUGGCUGAUGCACAAGGACAAACGUGUAGAGAAGAAAAAGACGGUUGUGAUGAAGCGCUGUCUGAACCCCAUCUUCAACGAGUCCUUCCCUUUUGAUGUGCCCGCCCAUGUGCUGAGAGAGACCACCAUCAUCAUCACUGUCAUGGACAAGGACAGACUCAGCCGCAACGAUGUUAUUGGCAAGAUCUACCUAUCGUGGAAGAGUGGACCGGCGGAGGUGAAGCACUGGAAAGACAUGCUCGCUCGGCCGCGCACUAAUGUCGCCCAGUGGCAUGCUCUCAAGGCCUGAUCGCACCACCCAGCUUCCUCCAUGGCCCCUUCCUGUCUCCUUUUUCCCUCGUCCUCCCCCCACUUCUCGCUCCCGUCCUUAUGCACAAGACUGACUUGCUGCCAGGCUGCGAAACACGGGUACAAUUAGCCAUCUGCUCUCUUAAACCUUUAAAUUCUUCUCUUUCUUCCUUUCUUUCAAAACCUCGACUCCUCUCUUUUGCUCCCCCUCAUACAGCUGUGUCUUAAUUUCUUUGUCUCACCUCUUUGCCGAUGGUCCCCCUGUUUCUGACUGUCUGUAUGUCUGUCUGUCCUUAUGCACUUUGCCUGUGGAGGUCUGAUUUUUAGUGUCUUUGUUGACCCCUUUGGUUCAGAACUGCAAUGCAGCCCUUGACAAUUUUAAGGUGCCAGUCCCGUGGGAUCACAGAGAAACUAAGUAAGGCGUAACUUAUCUCAUGUAAUCCUAUUAUAUGGCUAUUCCAGGUACACAAUACUAUACAUAUGUACUGUAUGUACAUAUACAUAUGAAUAUAUUAGGUAUAUAGAUUGGCAGAAUUCCCCUUAUACAUACGACUAAUAUAUAGUAUGUUAUUCAUGGCCUGUCUGCUGUUUCCCAUCUUUACUUAGUUUCUAUUUUUUGGCUUGUCCUUGUCAUUUGUCUCAAGUGUACUAUAUCCUCUGACCCAUUUCAGUCCAUUUCAGUGGUUUAAUGUUCAGCUGAAGUUGUCUAAAGCAAUCAAUACUCAGUUUGUGAUGAAACGAGCUGAACUCAGAUGAAGUUGUUGAUACUGCUGUCUUUUUCCCUCCUCUUUUUUCCUCUCUAUACUCUUCUUUCUCUCUUUUUUCCUUAUUGUUCCCUCCUUCUCUUCCUCUGGCACAAUAUUAGUGAAUCCCUCCUUUCUGGAACCCUUCUUGUCGUCUGUGUGCUGUGGGUGCUGUGCUGUAGCUCCAACAAAAAUAGAGAUUAUUAAAAAAAAAUACGAACUGAACUUUCCGAAGCUGGGAAAGUGGGAACACAGAAACUGUAUGAAAUGGAUCGCUCCUGAUUUUUCCAGACAAAAAGCCUUGACGUGGAGAGAGAAAAAAGAAGAUGAAAAAAAAAAAAAUCCCCCAUGAUACGAUGAUGUCAUUUUUCACAGCAUCACCAACUGAGGAAACCAAAUGAAAAUCUUCUUCCAACAAUUUUGAGAUGAAAAAAGAAGCAAGUUUGUGCUGUUGGUGCACUUGCAUUUGGUAGCUUGUGCACACCUCUGUGUAUUUAUUGAUGCUUUGAAUUCUCGGUGCUGCCCUGUGCUGUUGUUUUGCCCUGUUGUGCUGAUGGGGGUCGAUCUCUGAGACCUCCCCACCAGCUCUGACUGUAUGCUGUUGCAGCGUUAUGUGAGUUUGCUGCUGCUGUGCGCGUGCAUGUGUGUGUGAUCACAGGAGCAACACAAUUCAGACUCGGCAGAAAUCUUCUCUUUUCUCUUUCUCAUCUUGCGCUCUUCUUGCUCUUCUUACUGCCAUUGUUUCCCCAUCCUCCUUUACUGCCCUGCCUUCUGAACGAGGGCAUGGGGAAGUUCUCUCUGCACUUUUUGAAAAUGUAAUAACAAUAAUAAUGGUGAUGACAGUUUUGAUGAUGAUUAUAGUACUGAAGAAAAUUAAGGGAGGAGUAUCUGAAAGGGUGAGCAGCUGUAGGGGAGAAGCUACGUCUGCUCUGUGAUGAGGAGAGGACAUAGAGGAUGGAUGUAGGGCUCUCAUCCUCCUUUUGUUCCUCUUUUUUUCUCCUUUUCUACCUGUGUAUCGAUAUGUAUGUGUCUGAGUAUGUGUUGCGUGUGUUUCUAUGUAGGCAGCCAGACUCCUGAUAGCAAGCUGCUUGUGUCUAAAAUGUCAGGAUGGAGAGAUCACACUCGUCUACUUGUCGCAUGCAGGUCAGCCAUUACAACAGUGUUAUGCACAAUGGGCCUCAUGUAAGAACAUUUUCAAAUUUUUAUGCAGUGUUAUUCUGUCCUUUUUUCCGGUACAAGUGUUCAGAGUCUGAGUCACUCUACUUAAUUGUGUAAACUUGUCACAGCUGGGUUAAAGCAGUGCAUAUCAAAGUACAGACUUUUUGCUGACAGGCAGCAGACAGAUCCAGUGAAAUGACUUUAUUAACGAACAGGCUUUUAGGCAGUGGAAACAAAUGGAACAAAUGGAAGGAAGAACUUCUCCUGUGAGUUUUUACAAAUCUUCUCUUUGAAAGGAAUCAAAAAAAAUUUAAAACAGUUGUUUCACGUGGUUGAGAAACCACAACAUUGAAAUAAGCGUUUGUUUCGCUGGGAACAAGGACUCUGCAAUAUGAAAAUAUAUAUCAUGUGGCGAUGGCAAAUCCUAUUUGGUAUUGUGCAUUAUGGUUUAUAAUAUUGUGUCACUUAUGACAAUCUUAAUGUCGAUGUUUUUCAACUUUUGGAUGUCAAUUUAUGUUAUUCCACUCAGAUACAGCCAAGAGAUUUGCAAGGAGGCCAGUCCCUACAAAACAUAACAAGUACUUCUGAACAGGAAUUGUUUACGUGUAAGUUACAAAUAAAAAGACAGAAAUGAAAUCCAUUGAAGUGUAAAAUGCUUAUUCUCAACCAUUUUCUUAACUGAGUUAGCAAAGUUAAGUUGUCAUGAUAUAACAUUACAUACGCUGUGAUACAGGAUUUUGGUCAUGUAUCCUAUUGGAAACUGAUUGAAGAUAAGAGAUGUGGCUGCAACAGUUAUAAGACAAGUCUCACAGGUAAAAAAAAAUAUGAUGAAAUAACUGACAAAAGAUCUAAAAUCACAUGUUGAAGUCAAUUAAACUCCACCUCUCCAUGAGGAGAAGUGAGGAGAGAUUUGAUCCUCAGCAUAAAGUUUGUAAGAUGGCUUAUUCUGCUCCAUUUUACACGUAUUUUCAUUGACAAUUAGCCUAAGUUACGGUAGAAUAGAAGGAGGUAUUUAACACAGCUAAGCUUCAAAUUCUGCUGUUAGAAAUCAGAUGACAGACGGUAAUGAGAAGACUAUUAUAACAUUAAUGUCAGUCUACAGCUGCCAAUGCUGUGCUAUGGAGCACUGUAAAUUAUUGGAUGAACUAACAAAAACAUAGUGAAUGCAACAAAUUACUGUAAAUUAUUCAUAGUUUAAGGAGGCAUUUGAGAACAAAUCCGAUCAUGUAAAUGUUUCUUGCACGAGGCCCAGUGUUUGAAUGAACAGCAAGCAUGAUCAGAGAUCUUAUUGAGUUUUCUGCUUCUGUAGAUGAUGGCAAACAAUAGGUGGAUAUCUGAAAACAGUAAGACCUUUAACUUUACACUGACAAAAGGUAAGAUAUCAAAGCUUUCUCUGAGUGUUUGUGGCUGUUCACAGAAGCUAUGAAUGGCUGUGUAUCACAGACAGUGGGUGUGAUGUUAGAUGAUGGCCUGAUCUGCGACUGUGAGAUACUGUAAAAGCAGAUUAGACAUUAUCUCUUUCCUGAGUGCUUGAGAGCACCACACAGUGUAGUGGUAGCUGCCCUGCCUGUCAGGAACAUUCAGCUCAGCUCAAUAUUUCUGUAAUGUAAAUAAAACAGUCAUAGAGCAGCAUCGUGAAUACUGUCAGCCAUUAGGAGCUGCUCACACAGACGUCUACUCAUUCUUAGUAAUCUGCAAUUGUCUCUGUGUGUUUUUUACUUUAACAAUAGUAUGUGAGGCGUUGUCUUGUCAGAUUUUACUGCAGAAACUUCAGUUUAUUUAAAUAUGAGAUGACAUGUCUCAACGUAAUCACUUGCUUUUUGGAGGAGGCGUUGCUUCAGUUAACACAGUGUUUGUAGUUCCUACUGACGCUGGCCCCCAUUAAAAUCUGUGCCUAAACUGCUGUGUCCUGCAGCAGAGUUUAUUUUUCUUCAUGCAAUAAUGCGAUUGUUUCUCAUGCUUUUGUGUUUCUUUUGAUUUUUAACACGAGACGGGUGAGGAAUUGUGUUAUUGCAGCCUAAUUUGCACCAGGUUAGUCCUCUGUGGGCCAGUCUGGGCAGUACACUGUGUGCUUUUUGGGCAGUGUGUUUCGUGUGAGACUCGGUGCUGGCUGCUUUGAUGCACUGAUCCAGUCCAGCACCCUUCAGAACAAUUGGCCAGCCGUGGAACAGGGCCCACUGUUUUGACAGCCACUGCCUGCAGUGUCACAGCACAUUACACUCCCAUUAGGUGGUCAGAAAGGAGCAAGAUCUCCUUUCUCAGACCAGGGAAACACAGUCUUUUCAGAACACUUACUAAAUGUUAUUCAAAACACGGAGUGCUCUCAUUAGUAACCGUGAGUAUGAUGGACAGGGAUAAAGGUUCAUCUGUCAAAAUGAGGAAACUAAUCAGAUCGCACCGCUGCUGAAGCUGUGAUUUCCAGACAUGGUUUAAAUGCGCAGGUGUGCAGGUGAUGAGUCAACACAAUACCUCUGCCAUUUCCUUUCACUGAGAUUACAUGUUGCUCAAAGAGAUAAAUUACGAUGCUACAGGGGUUUACAAAGCUUAGUCAUCAGUGACCCUGUAAAGCGGAUGAUAUAGCUUUAUUUUUAGUAACAUGCAGCACUGUGUGUGAUGCUGCCCAGUCCUCGAAAGUAGACUGGAGGCGAAAAGGCUGCAGGGUUGGACUUUUAAAACCACUCAGUGCUUUUAUUGCAGUUACACUUUUCUUUUAAGUGCAAUUUAAAUACACCCUACAUAUUAUUUACAAAAAGUGUCAUGAAACAAUAAAUCAGUAAUAAUUUUCUGAUUAAGGACCUGACAUUCAUAUGCAACACUUACUUGAGUUGUUCAGCCUUUAGCGUAAAUAAUAAAGACUAUUCACAGCUAGAAACGUGGAAAAAAGUUUAAAUACUGCCUCCACUUAAGUAGGAUUUAGUUUGAAGGUCAUAUUUAUCUUAGCAAACAUGAUGAAUCAAGAUAUGUAAUCCAUCACAAGAAUAUCCAGAAACUUUCACACUCCAUAAAAUGACCACGAGCCCCAAACAUUAUGUUCUUUCAUUGCCAGCAGUCAAACAGCAGUACCAUUACAAUGGAUGGUAAGCUCUGAGCCAAACCAUAUAAAAGAGAAAGCAAUUUCCAAAUCCAACUUUUAUUACACUGCCACCUGUCUCACACCUCUAAAGUUAUUGCAUUUUGUUGGCACAAACACUGUCAGCAAUGACCUUCACAAGUGCAGUAUAAUGGUGCUGUAGAUGCUCCCAGUCGAGAUUUUUUCAGACUAACUCCAUUUCGUCAACUUGCUCUGCUCAAGUACAGAGUCUUUCAUCAAUGCUUUGUUUCCUGACAGAGCCACCUGGUAGGUGCAGGUGUGGAUAUUUACUGUCUGAUUACUAAAGUUUAAUUCAAGAUGUCAGACACAGCCAACACUGCCUUCAACUCUGCCACAGGAUAAAGACUAAAAAAAAAAAAAAAAAAAGUACCCAAUUUAUUUGAUAUUCCUUUAAUAUCUGUUCAGUCUGGAGGCUAUGAGAACACUUCUUAGUUUAAUUAUAAUUCAUUGGCUUUUCUGCAAGUCUUUAACAUUACGUACAGCCAAUUUGGGUUUGAGCCCAGUUAUUUUAGCGAAAUAUGUAUCAAAUGGUUUGUUCCAAUAUUCAUUCUAAAUUUCUAAUGCAUUUAAUUCCCAGAUGAUAAAUCCUAUUUGUUGAAGCCCCUGCUUUUCCACUGACACCAGGGUUUAGCAUUCAUGCCUUAGAGUAAAAUAUGUUAACGUUAAAUUUUCAUGAUAUCUAAUGUACUAUAUUCAUGUCUCUCAGGUAACAUAAAAAAUUCAUUUUCACACUUCAAUUUAUCUAACUACCUGCAAAACUAAUGACAUUCCCAUCAGCCAGAGCUGUAUUUUGCAUUUAGUGCUAAUUAGCAAAUGUUAAUAUGCUAACAUGCCAUAUACAGACAUUAUAUAAAAGACUAAUAUGGAUUGAAAAUGGAGGAUUAAAAUGAAGACAUUAGAGUACAAGAUAAUUUAUGAAACUUUUAUCUUAAAUGAGGUAUAAGAUAAAUUAUUGUUCCAAGCAUGUUAGCAUUCUAAUAUUAGCAUUUAGCUCGUAGCAACACUGCCUGAGUAUGAACUCCCAAAGCAGCCCAGCAUGGUUGUAUAUUUAGCCUUGAUAUCAACCAGUAUAGCCUACAUAUAUAUACUCAAGGAGAAGAUCCCCUAAUUUAUCAUCGUCACUGCCGCCUCCUCUUUUAUGUUUACUUUGUAAAUAACUGAAAGCUUUAUUGGCUGAAGAGGUCACAUCUAUUAGCUAAGGGAUUAGCAAGAUAUUCUUCUGAGUCCAAUUAUAUUGUUUUUGUCCUUGUCAUACUCUUAGUCCUUCCUUAUUCUUCCACACUGAUGGAUAUGGCUUUCUUAAGAAGAGCUUCAAUGACUCACUCUGUUGGAAAGGUGCCUGCUUUGCUGUAAUUUGUGCAAUAUUAAAUUAAAGGUUCACUGUGCUUUAUGUCAUGAAAAACUUGAGGUGUGUGUGUGGAUUAAGGUCAGGCUGCAAUAAUCUCAUCCUGGAGGGACUGUAGUGCAUGUUUUAUUCUGCUGAAUCACAUUAUGAUGGCUGAGUCAGCCCAGGAGUCUUCUGGGUCACCUUUGUCAUUUGUCCAGUCAGUCCCUGUGUGAGUGUCGCCCUGUGCAGACAGACCUUGCCUCCCCUAACUCACCCUUUCAAUUGUUUUAAGCAUCUGGUGAAAACCGAUGUGACUUCUCCCAAUCAGGGUUUAGGUAAGCAUUAUCUGAAUGGUAACAAAAUGAACAUGAAAAACAAUAAUGAGUAAUAUUAUCUUUUUCUUAUGUUCACAUUUGACUGUUGGUCAGUGUGUAUGUAUGUGUGUGCUUGUGUUCUUGUGUUUGGUUUAUUUCUUUACAAAAACGUGAUAAGAAAAUCCUUCUGUUUUUGAGAACUUUAUGUAAAUAUUGUUGUUGAAAAUUAACAUUUGUUGUACGCCGAGUUUUCAUUUGUCACUUGAAAUGAUGAAGAAAACAAUGAUAUUCAUGAUAAAAGUGGUGAUGUUGAUGAUGCUGAAGCUCAUUAUACCUGCCCUUCUUGAAUAAGGGCUUUUGAUGUCCGCUGUAUUUUUGUUGAAGAUGUUGUGAGGUUGGGGCAAGAGAAACAAAGGGAAGGAGUGAUACCCAACACACCCCAGGCCCACUGUAGCAACACUGCCACAUAUCUUUCACCCCACACCUUCAGGAAACAGACUGAGUGAUAUAUUUAUGUGGCACAAAUUGUGAAGGCAUUAUUGUAGCCUGCGUUGUUUAUGCCAUAAAUCAUUUUUAUAUUUUUAUUGCAAAAGUAACAGAAUGUGUGAGAGGAGCGUUCACCUCCUUAUGGACCCCGAUCGUCCCCAGUCGCUUGGCAUUGCUUCUCACCCUGCCUGCUCAAAGGCUUGGGGAUUUACUGUAAUGCCAUUGUGUUAGAUGGGAUUGGCCCUGUACUGACACUGAUGAUGGCUUCCUCAUUGAAUUUGGAGUCAUUAUUGCUCAGCUGGAGGCUGUACAUGUGAAGGGGAAUGUAUGGGAAGAACUGGAUCUCAGCAGAAGGACUACACUGUCCAUUUGACUCUGUGAAGAUAAUUUUCAUGCUUUUGAUCAAGCCUCUUACUUGGGGUUAGACUCAUGAUUAAGCACAACUGACUGCUAUGAACUCGGCACAUAAUAUACUUCUCUCUUGCUCAGUCAGAUAUUUGUAAGAACUUGCAAACUGCAGAACACCCGGCACGAAAAACCCAGAUUAGCACAGGAGCCAAACUAUAAACCACCAUAUGUCAGACUAAGUGAGAAUAAGGGUUUUUAAUCAAAAAAAAAUGGGUGGAGAAUAUGGAAUAUCAAUCUUUCCAAAUGUCCAAAAAGUGCCCCGUGCCUUCUAAAUAUUUUCUGCCCAAAUCUGCCAAAAAUCCACAGGGCUGUAGUCCAGUUAUUUUCAUAUACUUCCCCAUUUUUCAUAUGCUGUAGACUAACAUAUCUGGCUGGGGCUGAGUACAGUGCAGGGACAGAGCUUAUCAGGUUCAUUUUACUUUUAGGACUGUCUCCAGCAGACUGGGACAUGAUAUGGGGCAGCAGAUACUCCCAGCAGCCGUCUGCAGGAAGGACAGUGGAUACAGUCCUGUCUUCAUAUGUAAUACCAUCCUUUUUUGGGGAGUCAGAAAAUAACCAUGCAUGCAUGCACACAAGCUGUCAUUUAUUGAUGCACUGAAAAUAAAUUUUGACUCCUUUCUCUGAGCCUGGAUCCGUCGGUAUAUGUGUAUUUUUCUUUCCUUGCCGGUUGUAAAUAGACUUUGUGAUUCAGUUAGAGCAUUCUCUAACUCCUGCCAUAAUGUGGACAUUUCUGAUCAGGUAGGUAACAAGCAAUACGACUAACUGAUCUAACGCCAUAUUCACCGAAAUAUGACUUAUCUAAGAUGAUGUGAUACCUUGCAUUUGGGAUGUCGAGGGUAACACUCCUGUUUCUUCCUCCUUUUUCAACUUGCCAUGACCCACCUCUUCAACAAAGAGUGCUCUAACUUAAAACACACAAUUGUGAUGUGUACAAUCUAAUUUAUUGUAUUUAUUUAUGUAUUUUUGCCAACUUUGUAUAGUGUAUAAAUAUCUAUAAAUAUAUGAAAAAGACAGUACUGUAUAGAUUUUAGCUGCCUGGUAAGGUUAAUAGUAUAUACUUGGUAGACUAAAAGAAAAAGCGUAGAGCUGUUCAAAAGCCAGUUAUUGAGAAAAUGCUUUCUGUAAAAUCUGGUGCCACUGGCUUUUUUUUUAUAUUCUAGGUUUCGUUUCUGGUUUAUUUUUUUAAUUGGCCAGUGGGAUCCAAAGUGUGUGUCGUUCUUCUUUUUGUCUGUUUGUUUGUUAAUUGGUUUGUUUGUUGUUUUUUCUUGACCAAGACACAGCGAGGUUCUGGCAGCCAGGAGAGUGCAUUGGAACGCAGACUGGGACCCUGUGCAGUAGUGUGUGUUAGGUGUGUGUCCGUCCAUGGUAGUGAUAGUGCUCUCUGUGCAGUGCCUCCCUCCGCCCUUCCCUCCUCCCUUCCCUCCUCCUCCUCCUCCUCUUUCUGAUGUAGUUUGUCAUGUGACGACGCAGUACGUGUUAAGGUGCAGGACGACUGUGUUAGCUGAAGCUGGCAGAUGCCCGUGCUCUCUCUCUCUCUCUCUCUCCUCAUGCCUACUCUGCUUCUUCAUUACAAGGCUUCAUUUUAAUCCUCCACCAAGUAUAGAUUUCCACUUCCUCUGCUCGAUUGUUCAUUUACUCUCCCAUUCAGCUGGUAAUGCCUCACCACCAGAGUCUAAUUUCCCUGUAAUCCAUGCUUUCUCAUCUAUCGGUGAUUCUUUGUCCAUUAGCAGCCACCACAUUACUUUAGAUCACCUUGUUUUCCCUGCGGAGCUCUGUGGACCAGCGAAGGAUUUAGCACAAAGGAGAGGGCAGCCAUGCACCUCAUCCAUGGUCAUGCCUUCAUGUUUGACCUCUGAGAUGUUGUGAGCUGUGUUCUCGCCUCAUAAACACUGAGUAGACGGGCAGCUGUCAUCACGGCGCACAGAAACACAAAGCAGCCAUAUUCAGAAGAUGAGCACAGACCUGUGACUUCCUCUAUGUUGUGGUGGCUUCACUGUCACCCUGUUUGUAGCAAGAACAAGAGAAUAGCCUUAAAGAUUGGACCAACUACAAAAAAAAGUAGUGGGAUUUGUGAAUUUGUAGUGGACUAUUAUUACCUUCCCUUUCCCACACCAAAUUUAUUACUCGGUAUUCAGAUGUGUUGCUUGGUUGCUCUGUACAUAUCUGUGUAGUACUUCUGUUGAUGUCCCUGUGUUAGGAUAGUAACGGGUUCUUACUGGGCUGCCUCCACAGACGUCCUCAUCCUCCUGUCCUGUCUCAUUUCCUCAAAAAAACUUCAAACAUUCCACCUUAACCAAGUAAGAAACAUGUCAAAUUUGAUUCUACAUAAACUGGGCGUUAUACUGCAGAAGGGCUGAACUACAGACAUUUCUGCUGGAGCCAUGGUAAUAAUGAAGACAUCUUGUCUGUGUUCACGUCCCUCUGAGACAUUACGACCCUCACACAAGUCUCCCUGCUCCUCUGAACCUGCCCUCACACUGACCUCACCUGGCUCUGAGAGGUCAUUGGGUCACCGACUGGUUUGAGGAGCCUUUGACCUCUGGGGAUGGGGGGGUCAACGGGGGUGUGGUGGAUGGUGAGGUGGUAGAGCCCUGGGAGGCAGCAGAGAGGCCUGUCCCUGUGGUCACAUCCCGGUUCAGGAGGGAAAGGAGUGAGAACGUCUUUGAGGUCAUGCCCAGUAGCACUUUGGUUUUGCGUUCCAUGUUUUUUUAGCCUCUCCUGUUUUUUGGCCGAGCAGACUGUGAUCUUAUUGGUUGAUUUUCUCGUUCUCCUCCACCCAUCAGUGUUACAGAGUGUGUUGGGUGGGCGGAGCCAUGGAGCUGAGCUCUGAUUUUGUUCCAUAUUAAAGAAUCAUUUUUA